AAAACACAGUAAUUGGUGCCGCAUGUCGAAUCGUCCCACAUCCAGUUCUAUCACUCUUGCAGUUGUGCAGUCGGCGUUGACACCAUGCUGCUUAUAUUGCUGUUAAUGGGUUUUGUGCCUAAUUUAUAUGCGGCAAAAGUUUUCAAUGUCCUUGAUGAAGUGCCGUCAAAUCUCCCUAGAGGUGCUAGAACAACCGUGAAAACGACAUUGUACGCGAAAAAUCACAUGGUCCAAUGUUAUGAAAUUGGCGAUGGAGUCAGAAGUGCCUUGGAAAUAAGAGCAUCCGAUCUCAAUGGUAUGGUAAUUGUCUACAACCCAAAGAAAGAAGCACUUGCAGUUCUAUUUGUGGGCAGUUGUGAUGACACCAUUGGAAAUGAAAUACGUGCCCAGGGAAAUGAUGUGGAUAUACAUUUGAGUGGAGGUUUAUGGUCGUAUGUACGAAAUACAAAGCGUACGACGGGUACUGCGGGACAACCAGAACUACCAGACACAGUUUGGACAAAAACCAAAGGUGGUUCAUAAUAGAAAACUACGAGGACGGAAGCAUUGUUUUAUAAAUGAAAUAUCUGACAGUCUCAAAUUACUCUCUGUUAUUGGUACUCACCUACCUCUUCUUUGACAGAUAAUUAAACUAAAAUAAUCAAAA